AUGUUGGCCAUCUUCCUUCUGACGAUCCUCGUCGCCGGCGCGCGGGCAGCCCUGAAAUUCAAGGGCGUCGACUGGUCCUCUCUGCUCGUCGAGGAAGCAGCGGGCUAUACAUACAAGACAAAAGGCGGCAAGACGGAGCCACUGGAAAAUAUUCUGGUCGCCAGUGGAGUUAACACGGUUCGACAGCGCAUCUGGGUCAACCCUUCGGAUGGAAAUUAUAAUCUCGAUUAUAACCUCAAACUUGCCCGGCGUGCGCAGGCCGCUGGUCUGGAAAUCUACCUCGAUCUCCAUUUCAGCGACAAGUGGGCUGAUCCCCUCAACCAGGAAAUUCCGUCCGGGUGGCCAACAUCAAUCGAAGAUCUCAGCUGGCGUUUGUACAACUACACUCAGGAUGUUUCGAAUGCCUUUGCGGAGGCCGGCAUCUCACCUUCUAUCAUCUCGAUCGGGAAUGAAAUCACGGCCGGCCUUCUCUUCCCCACCGGCUCAAUAUCCUCGUUCUACAACAUCGCCACCCUCCUCCACUCGGCAUCAUCCGGAAUCAAGUACUCCAAUCUGGCUACCCAGCCUCAGAUCAUGAUCCAUCUGGAUAACGGCUGGAAUUGGGAGACCCAGAAGUGGUGGUACACGAGCGUUCUCGACGCUGGACCUCUCGCAAGCGGCGACUUCGACGUGAUGGGUGUAUCCUACUACCCGUUUUACGGCGAGUCCGCCACCCUGGCAGCCCUCAAAAAGAGUCUGCACAACAUGGCCUCGACCUGGGGUAAGUCGAUCAUGGUUGUGGAGACCAACUGGCCAUUCGCGUGCCCCUCGCCCAAAUUCCCGUUCCCACCUGACGUCGACGCGAUCCCGAGAAGCGUGGCUGGCCAGAAGACUUGGAUGAAGGACGUGGCAGCUAUCGUCGCGGGCGUGAGUGGAGGAAGCGGUAUCUUCUACUGGGAACCUGCAUGGAUUCGGAACGGCGGUCUGGGAAGCAGUUGCUGGGACAAUCUGCUGGUCGAACAGACAGGUGAGGUGAGGUCAAGCCUGGGGGUCUUUGCGAAAAUUUGA